GCGGAGUCGCCGCCAGCCCGCCUCGGCAUUUCCCCCCGGCCCGGCGGCCUGGACGGCGCGGCGGGCGGCCCUGGGUCAUGGCCGGCGAGGCGGCGCCCCGGGGUGCCGAGCUGCUGGGCUUCGCGCGGUUCCGGGAGUCGAGCAAGCAGCCGCUAGCCUACGGCUAUGGCCCGCGCAGCUUGCGGGAGCUGCGCCAGCGGGAAUUCAGCCGCCUGGCAGGAACUGUCUACCUUGACCAUGCAGGAGCCACACUGUUCCCCCAGAGUCAGCUCACGAGGUUCACUAAUGAUCUCAUGGAAAAUGUUUAUGGUAAUCCUCACAGCCAGAAUAUCAGCAGCAGGCUCACCCACGAUACCGUGGAGCAUGUGCGCUACAGGAUUCUGGCGCACUUCCACACCUCCCCGGAGGACUACAGCGUGAUUUUCACGGCAGGGAGCACGGCUGCUCUUAAACUGGUGGCAGAGGCCUUCCCGUGGGUGUCCCCGGGCCCGGAGAGCAGUGGGAGCCACUUCUGUUACCUCACCGACAGCCACACCUCCGUGGUGGGCAUGAGGAAGGUCACCAUGGCCAUGAACGUCACCUCCGUCCCGGUCAGGCCAGAGGACAUGUGGUCAGCGGAGACACAGGGUACAGCCGCCCGUGACCCCGAUGGCCAGCUUCCGCAUCUGUUUUGUUACCCUGCGCAGAGUAACUUUUCCGGAACCAGAUACCCCCUGUCCUGGAUAGGAGAGGUCAAGGCCGGGCGGAGGUGCCCUGUAAACGUGCCUGGGAAGUGGUUCGUGCUGCUUGAUGCAGCCUCCUACGUGAGCACCUCCCCUUUGGACCUGUCGGUUCACCAGGCCGACUUUGUCCCCCUCUCCUUCUAUAAGAUCUUUGGAUUCCCCACUGGCUUGGGCGCUCUGCUGGUGAAUAAUCGUGUGGCUCCUCUGCUGAGGAAAACCUACUUUGGAGGGGGCACAGCCGCGGCAUACCUUGCAGGAGAAGACUUCUAUAUCCCGAGACACUCCGUGGCUGAAAGGUUUGAAGAUGGCACCAUCUCGUUUCUUGACGUGAUAGCACUAAAACAUGGAUUUGAUGCCCUAGAGCUCCUCACAGGUGGAAUGGAGAAUAUAAAGCAGCACACCUUCACCUUGGCUCAGUACACCUACACUGCCCUGUCUGCCCUCCGGUACCCCAGUGGAGCCCCUGUGGUGCGGAUUUACAGUGACUCUGAAUUCAGCAGCCCGGAGGUGCAGGGUCCGGUCAUCAAUUUUAACGUGCUCGACCCCAGUGGGAACAUCAUCGGUUAUUCCCAGGUGGAUAAAAUGGCCAAUCUUUACAACAUCCACUUGCGAACUGGCUGCUUCUGCAACACUGGGGCCUGCCAGAGGCACCUGGGGAUAAGUGAUGAGAUGGUCAAGAAGCAUCUUCAGGCUGGUCAUGUCUGUGGAGACAAUGUGGACCUAAUAGAUGGGCAGCCUACAGGGUCUGUGAGGAUUUCCUUUGGAUAUAUGUCUACACUUGAGGAUGCCCAGGCCUUUCUCAGGUUCAUCAUAGCAAUGCAACUGCGCGGGUCUGAUGGACAGCCCCUCCCUCAGACCGCUGCUGGGGAGGCUGGAGCCCUGUCAGAGAGCGAGGCUCAGGACGCCGUGCUGGCCACCACGGACAGAUGUAGUUCCUCACCUCAGAAAGAGGCCCCCACGGCCUCUGGGGUUUGUAACGACUUGCCGAGCACUGUGGAUGCAGGGGGUUCACACCCACCUCCGCUGAUGGCCACCAGGACCCAGCAGACCCCUUUAGAGAAAGCUGCAGGAGUCCUGGAUGGGGGCCUUGGGCCACAUGUCAUCACCAACCUUUACCUCUACCCGAUCAAAUCCUGUGCUGCAUUUGAGGUGACCAAGUGGCCCCUAGGAAAUCAAGGGCUGCUGUAUGAUCGGAGCUGGAUGGUUGUGAACCACAAUGGUGUGUGCCUGAGUCAGAAGCAGGAGCCCCGGCUGUGCCUGAUCCAGCCCUUCAUUGACCUGCAGCAGAAGAUCAUGGUCAUCAGAGCCAAAGGGAUGGAGCCUAUAGAGGUGCCUCUUGAGGAAGAGGGUGAACAGGCUCAGAUUUGCCAAAGCAAGGUCUGUGCGGACAGGGUAAAUACUUAUAAUUGUGGAGAAAAAAUUUCGAGCUGGUUGUCAAGGUUUUUUGGCCGUCCGUGUCAAUUGAUAAAACAGAGUUCAGACUUCCAAAGAAGUGCAAAGAGACGGGGCCAAGAUCAGCCUGUGGGUACAACAGCCUUCCUUUCUCUGGUGAAUGAAGCACAGUAUUUGCUGAUAAACAGAUCCAGUGUUUUGGAGCUCCAGCAGCAAUUAAAUGCCAGUGAUGAGCAUGGAAAGGAAGAAUUAUUCCCAAUGAAAGACCUCAUCUCACGGUUCCGUGCCAAUAUUAUUACCAAUGGAACAAGGGCUUUUGAAGAAGAGAAGUGGGAUGGGGUUUCAAUUGGUUCCUUGCGUUUCCAGGUUUCAGGGCCUUGUCACAGAUGCCAGAUGAUUUGCAUUGAUCAGCAAACUGGGCAGCGAAACCAAAAUGUUUUCCAAAAGCUUUCUGAGAGUCGCGAGAGAAAGGUGAACUUUGGAGUGUACCUGAUGCAUAUGUCUCUGGACUUAUCUUCCCCACGUUUCCUGUCUGUAGGAUCUCAGAUUGUUCUCCAGGCACCUGGGAUCACAGAAUCCCCUGCCCAAAUGACCCUGAACAUAUUUCCAAGGCCUGUGUGUGCUUUUUCCUUAGAGGCACCCCAAGGCCUGAGAAGAGGUUGGCUGUUUUGUCAAGUAGAUCUCUGUCUCCGUCUUUGUCUCUGUCUACCUGCCUGCCUGUCUGGCUGUCUCCCUCUCUCAAGUUUUAAUUUAUAGAAACUGGGCUCGACAGCAGAUCUAGGUUUUGUGUGCGUGAAGCUUGCACAACUUAAAAAUCAUCUUUAAGAAAAGAAUGUAAAAUAAAAAUUAGGUACAAAAAGGGACGUUAACUUGCAUGUGAAAGGAAAAGGCUUUGGAAGGCAGCUGUGCAAGUGAGAGGCUUAGGCUUUGUGACUUUUGCUAGCAAUCCUCCUUUGCCUGGUUGGCUUGCAGCUCUCCUUUCCCUGUGCAACUGAGCACCACUCAAACUCUCAAGGGCUACAUUGUUCCUGUUUUUUGCAGUUUACAGAAUAAACCACCUCUUAUUCACUUUCUAAAAUAAACAGCCACGUGAAGACCUGUCCUGGUUUUUUUCUCUCCCACCUGUGGCUGGAACCUAAUUGUGUCAUCAUCACUCUGAGAUAGUGACUCGCCCUGGACACUGCCUGCUCCGGUUGGGACCAGGACCUGGGAUUUCCUUCCCACAUGGGGGUCCGAGCUCACUGUUGCCGGAAGUUUAUUGCUAUAGACUGAAUGUUUUUGUCUCCCCCAAAAUUCAUGUGUUGAUGCUUGCCCCACAAUGUGAUGGCAUUAGGAAGGGAGGCCUUUUGGAGGCAUGAGAGCAGGGCCCUCAUGAACAGACCUAGUGCCCUUAUAAAAGAGACGUCAGAGAGCUUCCUCCCCCCUUCUGCCAGGUGAGGACACAGUGAGAACUUGGCCAUUAUGAACCAGGGAGUAAGAUCUCACCAGACACCAAAUCUGCCAGCACCUUGAUCUUUGACUUCGAGCCUCCAGAACUAUAAGAAAUAAACUUCUGUUGUUUAUCUGCCACCUGGUCUGGGAUAUUUUGUUAUAGCAGCCUGAAUGGACUAAGACACAUGCAUAAUAAUCAAAAAGUUUUACUGUCAUCUCCUACCGAGGGACAAGGAAAUACUAUGUCAUGUUUAUCCACAGUCUGGUAAAAUAGAGGUUUUUGGUUUUUGUUUGUUUGUUUGUUGUGGCUUUUUAAAGCUAACUAGAUAACUAAUUCAAACUUUUUAAGCAGAAAGGAUGAAGUCAGUUUAUGGAGAAGGAUUGGAAAUUGGACACUCAGGACCCUUCUACCCCUACACAAUUGCUUCCCAGGGGCUGAAGUAAAUGCACAGUUUUUGCAUUCUGUGUUUUACUCUGAAUAUUUGGCGUACUUCAAAAUGGUCUUUGUAAUGUUAAAUGGAUGUGUAGUUGCAUUUAUGUAUUAUAAGUAAUUAAAAUAUACCCCUAUUGAAA